CUUCCUUUUCUAGACACGAUCUUCACCUUGGAAGAUCUGCAGGAUGCUUUCUUCGUAACGAACAAAGGAUGCGAUGAUGUAACCGGUUGCAUUUGUGGAAAUGCUGAGGCUUAUGUUGGUGUCUGUGACUCAGUACCCACAAAAGAUGAUUUCAGAUGUACCGAUCCUGUGACUCCUAUUGGAUUUUGUCAACCAAUAUGUGGAGCAAGCAUUGUGGUCAUACCUCCAAGAAAUUUCGAACUCGCAGAAAUGGAAAGAACUCUCAAGCAAUUCACAUCGGACACAUACAUCAGUAAAGUGCGAAAUGAUAGCGGAAAUGAAUUUGUGCAAAUCAUAUUUGCUGAAAAAGAAUUCACCGGUAACAGUUUGGACGAAGCUAAGCAAUUAUAUGAACAAAUAAAAUUAGAUCAUAGUUCCAGCCAUGUCACUUUGUAUGCUUCAGGGCCAUAUAAUAAUAGUGAAGAAAAUGUAAAUAAUGCAGUUUCGGUAGUAUUUGGAACAUUAUGUGGAGUUGGUUUGGUCUUCGUUAUCCUAUUUGUUAUGUAUUCUCCCAAUGAUACAGCGAUAAUACUGAGAAAUAGAUUGAACAUCGGAUCCAGCCACCUGCCGAGUUUUAAAACGGCCUACUUUACCAGGCACAGUAGUGUCGCUGAAGACGCAGGACUUAUUUUCGAAGGGCAAUCCAUGGCGAGUUCUCUUUUGAGUCUGGACAAGUCUUUCGAUAAUCCUAUGUUUGGAAAAGAUGAGAAAUCGACACCAUCAACAUCUAGUCCGCGCUAUGACAUGGGCAAUAGAGAUGCUGUCAAUACUGGUGAUGCAGAGGAAUCCAAUCACUUAGAGUCAGGAGCUGAAAUGGAAGAAUCCAUGCCUGACAUAAAACAGAAAGAUUUUGACAAUAUUUCGGAAGGUGAAUUGGUUGAUUUGUCCGACAUGUGA